UAACUGUCUAAGCAAACCUGAACUCGAAAAAUUACCAUACAAAUAUAUAUAUGUACUUAAUUGAAAUGAAGCUAUCCAUACGCACACUGGACCAGAAGACCAUCACCUUUGAGCUGAACGAUGCCAGCGAGAAGGUGCUGCAGUUGAAGCAACGUUUGGUAGCCUUGCCAGAGAUCUCACAGCCGGUGGAGAAUCUGCAAUUGAUCUAUGGCGGGCGCAUUAUGCAGGAUGAUCACAAGCUGAUCGAUUAUAACAUAAUGGAGGAUAAGAUUAUAGUGCUAAUGACCAAAAAGGUGCAGGAAAAAGAGCAGAACAAGCAGCAGCAGCAGCAACAACCUGCUCCUCCAACUCCUACUCCCGCUGAAGUGCCACGCCCCUCGCUAACGCCCGAUGAGCAGCGUGUGCGUGAUCUCAUACUGAUGGGCUAUGAGGAGCAGGAUGUGCGUGCCGCAUUGCGCGCCAGCUUCAAUCAUCCCGAGCGUGCCAUCGAGUAUUUGAUCACAGGGAUUCCCAAUCAGGCUGACCAGCAGCAAACAACAGCUGGAAGCCACGAUGGAGCUGAGGUCAGCGAGGCAGCCGAGCGUCUCAACUAUUUAGCCACUGAUCCGCGCUUUGCGCAUGUCCGUGAUUUGGUGCGUCAGAAUCCAGAGCUGCUGGAGCUGGUACUGUCACAUCUGAGGGAAACGGAUCCAGCGGCCUUCGCGACCAUACGCAACAAUCAGGAGGAGUUUGUCAAUAUGCUCAAUCAGCCGACGGCAGCCGACCUAAGCAGCGACGAUGAGGCGGCCGUGGAGCGUCUAAUGGCGCUGGGAUUCGAGCGGGAUGUCGUUGUGCCGGUCUAUCUGGCAUGUGACAAGAACGAGGAGCUCACUGCCGAUCUCCUCUUUCGCGACACUGACGAGGAGGAUAACUAGGCUGGCGCUCUUUUUGUGGCAAGCAGGAGCAUAACUGACAUAUUUCAAGAUUCUAGCAGAGAGUAGAUCGUGAUAUUUUUUUUUUAAAUUUUAAAAUGCUAACUAUUUGAAUAUGUUUUAGAAUGUGGUAGUCUUAAGUACUCACGUGACGUGACAUAUUUAUCAUACUUUCUAUCUUUGUAUCUAGAAUUGAAUUCUAUUUGCAGAAAUCCUAGUUUUGAACAUCAAAAUUUAUUUACAUAAUAAACACAAUUUUCUCUAAAUUAA